AUGUUGUCUAACUUGUUUUCUCUGCUUCUGUUUUGUUUGUGUUUAUCUGUGUAUGGAAACAACAAACACGAUGGUAGUAUCAAGCAUGAUGAUCCAAUGUUGAACACUGAGACACCAAACUACAAAGAAUAUUGUGUUAUUGGUGCUGGACCUGGUGGACUUCAAAUCGCUUAUUUCCUUGAGAAUGCUGGCAGAGAUUAUCGUGUAUUCGAAAAAGGUUACAAAGCUGGUACAUUUUACUUGAAGUACCCAAUACACAGAAAGCUGAUCAGCAUCAACAAGAGGAACACAGAUAGAAGCAACAAGGAAUUCAACUUUAGACACGACUGGAAUUCACUUGUCAGUCAUGAUGAAUCGUUGCAGAUGACCAAAUACUCAAAUGACUUUUUCCCACCAGCAGAUGUGCUUGUCCAAUACUUGAAUGAUUAUGCCACAAAACUGAACCUGAAAGUUCAAUACAACUCAACCAUGCAUGAUAUCUUGAAACGAAAAGAUGGUUUAUUCCAAAUGUGGGAUCAACAUAACAAUGCAUAUACUUGUAAAUACAUGAUUGUGGCAACUGGAAUAGCAAAGCCGAAUAUACCUGCAAUACCAGGUAGCGAACUUCUUGUUGGAUAUGAGGAUUUGUCAAUUGAUCUUCCCAAGUUUAGGAACCAAAGUAUUUUGAUUGUUGGGAGAGGCAAUGCUGGUCAUGAGACUGCUCAGCAUAUUUAUGGAGUAACAAGCAGUGUUCACAUGAUGUCAAGGUCCAGAAACAAGUUGUCAUGGGCGACGCAUUACGUUGGGGAUCUCCGUGGUGUAAAUAAUGCAUUGCUUGAUACCUUCCAACUUAACGCUCUAGAUACUUUGUUAGAAGUUCUUAAGAAAAAGAGAAAAAAAUUAAGAGUACCUGUAUACAACUGA